UCGAGAGCAAAUUUGAAUGUAUUUUGGUGUUGUUUUACCGCUCAAAUGAAAAGCAGCUCACUCUAGAACAAGUAACAUCGUAAUGCAAAGUCAUACAUUCUAGAAGAGUAGAUAUCACUGUAAAUAUCCCACGUGUGCUUUCUCCGUUGACGUUCAUUCUUUCAAAUCCGCUAGCCAGUUUUCGGGAGAAAAAAAAGCGCGUUUUUAUCGUGUCUUCCUUGUUUGUUCAGAUGAGUACCUGUUCACUGGAGCAUCCCAACGGGCAGGAGGCCGACUCUGUCCCCGCCAAGCGGCUCUACAAGGGGGAGUGCGCGCAGGAUGGGUCGGUCGGAGGGGGGAACGCAAGCAGGGCCGUGGAGGUGUCUAUAGUCAUGCCAGUGCAUAACGCCUCCUGCUGGCUGGAUGAUUGUCUGCAGGGGAUUUUGAACCAGGACUACACUGGCUCUAUGGAACUGUCUGUCUACGAUGACGCCAGCACUGAUGGUUCCAGAGCGAUAGUGGAGGGAUGGAGGGAGAGGCUGGAAAGGAGAGGUGUUUCCAUGGUGAUCUCUGGCCAUGACUCUGCCCAACCCAGGGGAGUGGGUCAUGCCAAGAACCAGGCUGUGUCUCAGAGCUCUGGAACCUACCUCUGCUUUCAGGACGCUGAUGAUGUGAUGAUGCCUCAGCGAAUACAUCUCCAAUACGAGGCCUGCCUCUUCAACUCUUUGAUUGGCUGUCAGGUCCGCAGGGAUCCAGAGGGAUCUACUGAGCGCUACACACGCUGGAUCAACAACAUCAGCCAGGACCAACUCAGCACCCAGGUGUACACCUCUCACGGCCCUACAGUCGUCAUGCCAACCUGGUUCUGCUCCAGGGAUUGGUUCCAGCGGGUCGGAACCUUUGACGAGGGCGGCAAGGGAGUUCCAGAGGACCUGUUGUGGUUCUAUCAGAGUGUUGGUCAGGGAGGAGGUGUGGUCAGAGUGGACCAGUGUUUACUAGUCUACCGCUACCAUCAACAAGCUGCUACACACUCUGUCCUGGAGGAAACCAUUUGGAACCUCCGUGUGGCCUUCCUCCAGGAGAGAGUUAUCAACCAAUGGGAAUCCUUCACCAUAUGGAAUGCUGGGAAACAGGGCCGGAAACUCUACCGCUGCCUCAGUUCCUUCAAUCAGAAGAAGGUUCGAGCGUUCUGCGACGUGGAUGAGAAGAAGAUCAAGAAAGGCUUCUACACCUAUGAGGAGUCCAAGGAGAGGCCCAAGCCUCAGAUCCCUGUGCUGCACUACAGAGAAGCCUCUCCACCCUACAUCAUCUGUGUCAAGCUGGACAUGACCGGAGGAGUGUUUGAGGAAAACCUGAAGUCUCUCCAUCUGGAAGAAGGAGUUGACUACUACCACUUCAACUAACACUCUGGGAUGGAGAGAUGAAGGGAUGGAGAGAUGAAGGGAUGGAGAGACAGAUGGAGAGAUGGAGAGAUGAAGGGAUGGAGAGACAGAUGGAGAGAUGAAGGA